AUGGACAUAUCACGCUUCCCUCUUUGUGUUGGAUUCUUGUUAAUUAUAACAGUCUAUGAUGUAGUACAAAGCAGCAGUGCUGGAUUUACGAUUACAGCUGUGGGUCAAAGCCUAGAUCUGCUCGAUGAAGGUGGAGAAAUUCCUGUUUACCAUUGUCAAAUGAAAGUCGGUCAAACGGUGACGUUCGUUUCGCAAGGAUACGUUGCACCACGUGGAAAACCUAAUCAACCAUCUAAACCGGAUGCAGGUGAAUGGUUAUUCGAUGACCACGUAUUUCAAUUGCUGUCAUAUGAAAAGAACCUGUUCGAUAAGACACAGUUACCUGUUAUGCUCAAAGCAUUGACAAACGUUGCUAGACAAACUCAUGUUCGUUUCGUUGGCAAGAUUCUCGGAUAUAAUCGCAAAUAUGAUGUGUUAGUCGACAUAGUCAAUUAA